GCAAGUGUCAACUAAGGGACGUUAGAAAUUAUGUACAAGGAACAUCCUGCCUAAGGUGCGAGCUUCGGCUGUGCGUUCUUCUAUCAUGUCAUCUAGUACAAGUGUCGAUUAUACAACAAUCUGGGAUCAAAUGUACAACCCCAGGUGGAGGGAGAUGCAACCACCCGAGUAUGUUCUCCGCCCAGUCGAUGGAGCCCUUGAUCGUAGUCAACCAUUCAAGUUUAUAGAUGUUGAACGGGAACCCCCCCCACCUCCUCCAGACCUCUCCAAUCUAGCAUUCGAUGAACGAUACCUUUAUGGGUUCCCCAUCCCUCAAUCUUGUAUUCGUCGCUUUGAGGAAGACCCUUCUUUCAGAAAAGACCCCAAGUUAUACGGACCUCACAUCGGGCCCAACCCAGAUGCGAUGACUCUUGGAAUUCGGACUGAUCGCGUGUUGGGACAUGUGUGUUCGAGAUAUAGGGUUCAAUUUUGGGAGACGACAGCAAAAGACGAGGAGGGCCUUGAAAAAGCGGAGUUUAUUUUGUGUUUUGCAAUUGGGCGGAAGGACAAGGGAGUGGUUGCACCGGGUGGGCCGCCAUUGUUGGGGGUGUUAAAGAAGAUUGCGAAGGAUUUGGGGAUUGAGGAGGAGCCGAGAUGGAUUUUGGGGAAAUGGAUGUAGCGAUAGGACUUCUGUCGUCUUACACGACAGUGAAGCUUGAAGCUUGACUGCCAAUUUUCGACGUGCGUUGUAUGGUGUAUAACGUUUCAAAUUUCAACCAUCACUCGUUUUCUCGA